AUGACCUCAUUGUUGUGCCCUGUCGACAAUGUCAUACUCCAUUACAAAGCAGAAAAGCUCAGGCUUAUCGGCAUUUCGGAUGUCCUUCCGGAUGACGUAACUGCCAUUGCAGCUGAUCGAACCGGCGUAUUUGUCGCAUCAGGAACAGUGGUGGCUGUAAUGAAGACUUGUCGCCAUAUAGAUCGGUAUAUAGAUGUCAGAGCAAAGACCAAGUUUAUGAUGACCUUGGGUGACUACUUAGUUCUUAUUGAUGAAGAGAAUGGCAUUCGCGUUUUCAACAUUCCUGAUGGACAAAAACUUCUCCACAUGGAAGGUUCAAAAGAGUUCCGGGUCACAGCUAUGGUUCACCCAAGCACCUACCUGUACAAAAUCCUAAUCGGUUCUUCCAUUGGAACAAUGCGAAUUGUGAAUUUCCGCACUGGCCGUAUCAUCCAUGAGUUCUCUAAAGGUUUUGAUGCGGCUGUCACAGUACUUGAGCAAUCACCUGCAGUUGAUGUAAUGGCUAUAGGCCUCGAAAAUGGGCAUGUUAUUCUGCAUAAUAUUCGAGUAGAUGAGACUGUAUGCAAAUUCCGACAUGAGAGAGGGAUAUCAGCCAUUGGCUUCAGAAAAGACGACAAGCCUCUCAUGACCACUGCUGAUGUCGACGGUGACAUCGCAGUAUGGAAUCUGGAAAAACGUCAGUUGGUCGGAAAAAUUACUGAUGUUCAUCAUGCCGCUGUCACUGAGCUUUAUUUCAUGCCUGGAGAACCCAUUAUGGUGUCAGCAUCCGCGGAUAACUCCUUACGGACUUGGGUGCUUGAUGGAGGUGAUGAUAUGCCCCGACAACUGGUUAUCCUAGAAGGACACGCAGAAGGAGUAACUGCAGUGCAGUUCAACGGGAAACAAGAGAUUUUGUCAUCUGGGUUGGAUGGCUCUGUUCGAAAGUAUAUGGUGAAUGUAGACACUAUGCGACAGAAGCUUGGUAGCGCAGGAACAAUGUCUAGAGCUAUUGCGAAAAAGAAGCAUAUUUCAAUUGAAAGCAUACGUAUGGAGCCUGUAGUUGAUAUGGCAAUUGGGUGGAGUCGGGAGGCGGCUUGGGAUAAUGUCUUGUGUCGGCAUAAGUGA